CGAAUGGGGACGGGUUAACUACUAAAAAUGCGGUUAGGUAUUGAAUAAUUUUAGCCGGUGAAAGUGCCUGUUCCAUUUAUUGGAUAAUUAAUAUUUUAAUACUAAAUAAAUAGCGACAUCAAUACGUAAAAAUGAAGCUCUCAAUGUUCGGGACAUGGGAUUAUGUCAUAAUAGCGGCCACUUUAAUCAUCUCUACCGCCAUAGGAGUGUACUACCGCUUCAGUGGAGGGAAACAAAAGACUAAUGAGGAAUUUUUACUGGCGGACCGAAAUAUGUCCAUAAUGCCAGUCGCAGUAUCUCUAAUGGCUUCCUUCAUGUCCGCUAUCUCCUUGCUAGGAGGGUCUUCAGAAACCUACACUUACGGCAUGAUGUUUUUUCUGAUAAACUUGCCUUAUGGCUACGGCACGCCAAUUGUGACGAAACUGUACCUACCAGUAUUCUUUGGACUGCAAAAGACGAGUACUUACGAGUAUUUAGAACUGCGAUUUGGACGUUACAUACGCUUGCUUACAUCUCUGACGUACGCCUUGCAAAUGCUGUUGUACAAUGGCGUUGUUCUCUACGCGCCAGCUAUCGCCUUGGAAGCAGUCACAGGACUUGACAGACUGAUAUCUAUAUUAGUAGUGGGGUUGUCUUGUACCAUUUAUGCGACUUUGGGAGGUAUGAAAGCUGUGGUGAUCACUGACGUUCUGCAGUCUGCGUUGAUGUUUGCUGCAGUUCUGAGCGUUACUGCGUUCUGUUCCAUACAGCUUGGAGGUUUUGAAAAGAUUUUUACUAUCGCUCGAGAAGGUGGACGCCUGGAUUUCUCUAAUAUCAGCAUAAGUCCAACGGAGAGACACACGUGGUGGUCCUUGAACAUCGGUGGUCUGAUCAACUAUUUGUCGCUCUACGCAGUCAAUCAGACACAGGUCCAACGCCUUCUAACAGUAAGCUCGUUGAAGCGGUCACAAGCUUGUCUGUGGUGGAGCUGGCCGGUCCUCGCAUUUAUGAGCUUGUCCUGCUGUAUGGCUGGUAUCGCCAUGUACGCUGUAUACAAAGACUGUGACCCGCUCACGUCGGGCAGCAUUACUGCUAUGGAUCAGCUGAUGCCAUACUACGUCGUGGACUCAAUGCGAAGAAUACCCGGGAUCUUAGGGUUGUUUGUGGCCGGUAUAUUCAGCGCUACUCUAUCUACUGUGUCUUCUUCCUGCAAUUCCUUGGCUGCCGUUACGUUGACGGAUUAUAUGGGCAAAUGCUGCCACGUGCGCAAGUCCUAUAUCCCCUGGCUGACAAAACUGGCUGCCUGUGUAUACGGGCUCGUGUUUCUCGGCGUGGCAUUUAUCGCCGGACACCUGGGAGGAGUGCUGCAGGCGGCGCUGACGAUCUUCGCUGUGGUCGGUGGCCCGGUGUUGGGUGUGUUUACACUUGGCAUGUUCACUACCUUCGCCAACGAAGCCGGUGCCUGCUCAGGCUUGCUCAGUGGGUUAGCACUGACAUUGUGGAUAAACUUCGGCAGACCUCGGCCCUUGCCUACCAGGCUACCUGUGAGCGUGGAGGGCUGUGGCGGCAACGUCACUCUACCGGCGCUACCGCAAGUUAAUCAGGGAGACUACUUCUAUCUGUACAGAUUGUCUUACCUGUGGACUAGUCCGAUCGGUUUAGUAUGCGUACUGGUAGUGGGUUCUGUGGUCUCGUUACUAUGGAGACACCAGCAGCCGUGGGAGCGGGCGGGGCGGAGCCAUCCUGACCCCGCGCUAUUCACACCGCCACUCGCCAAACGGCUUCGGCGAACUCAGGUGGAAAAGGGUAUUCAAGUACAUAGGGUCGACGCGUCAGGUGAAACAUCGACGAAGUAGAGUCACUGACUGACUCCGAAACUAAGACUAAGAGUAAGAAACUGGCUAAGAAAGAAGAACGCGUAUCCUCUCAUUUGCUGACUGGGAUGAAUGUAGAAAGAUACGAUUUGUUAGGUAUAUCGUAUGUAAUUGUUUUUAUGAU